UCCACCCCCUCUGCAGCCCAGGCUCUUGCUUUUGCCGCUCAACCACCCUUGGCCCAGAGGGACUUUUUCUACUGGCUAAGCAGCGGCAGAAGCACAGCAUGGAAGUCUCGCAUAUCGUCAAUCUCGUCUUGAACGCCUUCACAUCCUUCUCCGCCAUUGUGUUCAACUCUUUUACAAUUCACGCUUUGAGGAAAACUUCAUCCUUACCGGCUCCUUUCAAAACACUUCUCCUGAGUCUUGCAGUCUCUGAUCUUAUUGCUGGUUUGUUAGCUCAACCAUUAUACAUUAUACUAAUUGUCAUUUGGUCCAAGCAAAACACCGCAGACCAUGCCUUGACAUCCACCAUACUGGUCAUUGUAUGUGCUCUAUGCACUGCUUCACUUCUCAGCGUCAUUGCUCUGAGUAUGGACAGAUUCCUGGCUGUUCAUCUUCAUCUCAGAUAUAAGGAACUUGUAACCCACAAACGUGUCGUUGGUGCAGUGAUCUUGAUAUGGAUAUUAAGUGUAGGUAUUUCACUAGUUUGGAUUUGGAAAGACAUAUACAAAGUCUUCUCUCUCGUCGCAAUCGUUUGGAGUCUUUGUUUCGUUUACAUGACAAUUGUUAAUUUGAGAUUAUCUCAAGCUAUUAAACGCCACAGAAACCAGAUCCAGGCAGACUUACGGGUACAGCAAGUAGCACAGGCAGCAAAACCAAGAAAAUCUGCUGUUAGUGCACUGUAUGUGUAUCUUUUAGUUUUAGUUUGUUAUCUGCCGAUGUACUGUAGCAUAAUUUUAUAUGUGGUACGUAAAGGUGACCCAGACAGUUCACUUUUCUACUCACGGACUGUAAUGUUUUUCAACUCGUCUCUGAAUCCUAUUAUUUACUGUUGGCGGAUAAGACCAAUUCGUCAAACCAUCAUGAGCAUACUGGGAAACAUAUUCUCAUGUAAUUCAGCAGACGAAUUAGUGCUUAAAAGAUCUCUGCAAGAAAGAAUAUCAACAGCAGGUGGUAUCCCCACCGUAGGGAAAUCUACAUGAAAGUUGAGGCGGUUGUGACUUUUCUUCUUGACUUAGAAAUUUUGGUUUGGGUCAGCGAUUAGUACACUUUUGGUACUAUGUACACCACAUAAAAAUAAUUAUGAAAAAUAAUGCUUUUUUUAUGAUAAAUGGGCAUACUAGGCAAAACAAAAAUAUUAAUUCCAAGCGCUUUCAUAGGAAUUUUAUCUAUGUUCUUCUGGUUAUGAUCUCAGAUUUUCUCAAACUAAGUUGUAGGUUACUAGCGCUACAUGUGCCGUUUUAAUUGGGUUCAUGAGACAAGUUUCAUACAUAGUGUUAGAAUUUGAGUGUUUAAUAAAGCUUUUGCACGAUCAGUGGAAAAU